AUGGGGAAGUCAUGGAUCACUGACAUCUAUGAGAUUCCUGAGCCUGAUCGCAUUCGCUCAGCUGAUGGACAAUUGCGGUGGUUUGACCUAAUACGUGGAUGCCUCCAAGAAGGUGACAGAGCGUUAGCAUCUGAUGAACAGAAGAAGGUAUGCACGAAUCCAAGAUGUGUGUUUCUCUAUGAGAAAACAAAGAAAGAGGCGAAAGAGGCGAAAGAAGCAAAUGUGAAGAUGAUCAAAGAGGUCGGCGAACAAAGACACGAACUGCAGGAGCUUGAACGGAAAUUUGAAGAAUCCUUAGCCAGUCAUGAGGGCCUUGUCAACGACUCAGCGAUACUUAGAAGCGAGAUGGAAUGUGAAAAACAUAAGCGAAAGCAACUCGAAAUGACUUUGAGUGAAAAGGAGAAACUAGCAAAGCACGCUAUGGAGAUGUACAAACAAAAAGAGCUUGAGCUGGAGGAGAAACUACAUUCAAAAGAGCUGCACAUCGGAACAAUGGCGGAACACUUAAAGAAGACAGAAGAGACGGCAAGACGUGAGGUUGAGCGACUACAGACCGAAACGGACGACGAAAGAGCGAGAUCUGAGAAAGAGAGGGCUGAAAGGCGCUCAUUGGCAGCAGAAAUGACAAAGAAACUCGAGUCUAAGCAACAACACGUAGACAAUUUGACAGAAAUCGUAGGAGAGAAAGAACGAAAUGAGACGACACUAAGACAACAAAUUGAAGAGCUAAACAAAUACAGAAAGCAAGACAAAGCAAGAGCUGAAACAGAGAAGCGCUCAUUGGCAGCAGAUAUGGCGAAGGACCUCGAGUUUAAGCAACAGCAUGUUGACACUUUGACAGAAAUCGUAGGGGAGAAAGAGCGAAAUGAGACGACUCUAAGACAGCAAGCUGAAGAGCUAAGGAAAGGAAGAGAAAAAGACAGAGCGCAAUUUGGAAGCUGGAAGAAGAAGUUUGACUAUAAUGAACAGCUUAGGGAGCAACUUGAGCGUGAGACCUGGAAGCUGAGAACCAAAAUUCAACUAGAAAGUGAAAUUCGAUCAGCAGAGCAGAAGAAAAAAGCAGAGACACCUCAAUGGAGAUUAUUACGCUGGGUGACUCUUGGAAAAUGGGCCCGGGAUGGAAUAACUCCCUCUCAAGAUAAUUCCAGGGGAGAAGUCUAUUCAUCAGAAAGGAGCAAUGCACCAAAAGCAGAUGGGGAACUACCCAAUGAUGAGUUUGCAGACAUCUUGAAGCAGAUAGCUGACGAUCUUUCCGAUGAGGCCAAGAUCGAUAGCUUGGGUAGUCAGCUUGGAAUUUUACAGGGUGACAUAGCAAGAGCUCUCAAGACCAACAUGAGAUACGAACAGAUCACCAGUAGAGGAACCCAUCUCAUGCUGAAACAAUGGAGAGAAGGUGUGUCCAGUGAAGAUGAGCAGAACGAACUAAGGAGGGCGCUUGUGGCUGCCAAGUUGUUAGACCUUGCUGUACAUUAUUUACCACAAGGAGAAGGAGCAGGACCAGAACAGCCUCAGAAAAUGACAGAUUCUCACCAGCUAUUAUGGAUAGAUAGCACUCCAUCAGCGCAAGGAUCCUCAGGUGGACAAACCAAGACACGGGAGACUACUGCAGCCACUGGCCAAUCUCGUCUACACGACCAGUCAUCCAAGAACCAGGGGGACGAGCCGAGUGAAUGGAUGGACCAACUUUCUGAAGAACUAUCAAACCAGAGCACUGCUGGUGUACAUGACACAUCCAAAGACAAGCCCUAUGGAGGAUUGACAGGACUAGAACACCUUCAGAAAAUAGGAGAAGCACCAGGGUCCUCAGGAGGACAGGACAAGACCAAUAAGCCUACAGCAACAACUCACCAAGCUCUUGACGACACGUCACCCAAGAACCAAAGGGAGGAGGCGAGUGAAGGCAUGGACCAACAUUCUGAAGAAUCAUCAAUCAACAAUAUCGCUGAUGAUGUACGAGAAACAUCCGUAGAUGUGUCAUCUAACGAGCCGUUUGCUGAGGGAACUAGCACAUCGGAUGAACGGGGAAAGGCUGUACCUUGUGAUGAUGAACGAGUGGUGUUUCCUGAUAAGCUUGUCAUUGGUAUAAUAUAUCCGUACGGAUGUGCUCCUGAUACACUCCCCGCCUUGAUCAGACGCGCUCUUCAUGGAGACGUAGAGGCGAGCAAGAUUGCUGAUAAGUGUGAAACAUCUACAGAUGAUCAGGAGGAAUACCUCACCGAUUCUAUAUCUGUCAUCAUAAGAAGUCGUUUUGGUUGCGUCCCUCUCUGUGCCAUACGCUCUACCGGGAGACGUGAAGCCAUCGAAAAAGCGAAAACUGAUUUGAAUCAUCUCGGGAUCACUGAUAUUUACGAAGUAGAUCUGGAUGAUCACAUUCUCUCAGAUGAGGAUCAGUUGCAGUGGCUUGACCUAAUACAUGGAUGCCUUCAAGAAGGUGACAGAGCGUUAGCAAUUAAUGAACUGGAGAACGUAUACACGAAUCCGUGUGAGUUGCUCUAUGACGAAACCAAGAAAGAGGCAGAAGAACCAAACCAGACGAUGUUUAAAGAAGUCCAAAACGUAAAACAGGAAAAGAGGUCACUACAGUACGAAAUUAAGGGCAUUGAACAGAAAUAUGAAGAAUCCUUAGCAAGUCAUGAAAGCCUUGUCAACGACAAUGCAAUACUUAUGAGCGAGAUGGUACGCGAAAAAGAAAAGCGAAAGCAAGUUGAAAUGAAUUUGAGUAGAAGUGAGAAAGUUGCAAAGCGCGAUAUGUCGAUAUACAAACAACUAGAGCUAGAGCUGAAGGAGAAACUUAAAUCAAAAGAGCUGCGCAUCAGAACAUUGGAAGACAAAUUACAGAAUACAGAGGAGACGGCAAGACGUGACGUCGAGCGACUACAGACCGAAACGGACGACGAAAGAGCGAGAUCAGAGAAAGAGAGGCACUCCUUGGCAGCAGAAAUGACGAAGAAACUCGAGUCUAAGCAACAACACGUAGACAAUUUGACAGAAAUCGUAGAGGAGAGAGAGCGAAAUGAGACGACACGAAGACAGCAAGUUGAAGAGCUCAGAAAAGAAAGAGAGAGAGACAGAGUGCAAUGUGAGAAGGACAAACGGUCAGGAGAAUUAAGCUGGAAGAAGGAGCUUGAUUAUAAUAAACAGCUUGAGCGUGAGAACUGGAAGCUGAGAACUAAAAUUCAACUAGAAAGUGAGAUACGAUCAGCAGGGCGGAAGAAGAAAGCAGAGACACGUCAAUGGAGUUUCAUUCGCUGGGUGACUCCUAGAAAACAAAUUCAGGACGAUCAUUCAAGGGGAGAAGUCUGUUCAUCAGAAGGGAGCAAUGCAUCAAAAGCUGAGGCGAAACUAUCCAAUGAUGAGUUUGCGACCAUCUUGAAGCAGAUAGCCGAUGAUCUUUACGAAGAGGCCAACAUCGAUAGCUUGGGUAGUCAGUUAGGAAUUAUACAGGGUGACAUAGCGAGAGCUCUCAAGACCAACAUGAGAUACGAACAGGUCACCAGUAGAGGAACCCAUCUCAUGCUGAUACAAUGGAGAGAAGGUGUUUCCCGAGAAGAUGAACGGAUUGAACUAAGGAGGGCGCUUGUGGCUGCAAAGUUGUUAGACCUUGCUGACCAUUAUUUUCCACAAGAACCAAGGACAACGUAUCGUUAUUAA